CAUCACCUCGGAAUACUCGCGUGACGGGAGGGACCUGGGCAGCGCCCGCCUCCAGCCGCAGCCACUAUAAAUAAAAGGCUCCCAGCCCAGAAGCCAGGAGAAGUUUCUAGGCCUCCGUCCCAGGGUUUAUUAAGCUCCUGGCUCCACUUUAGACCUUGGCGGCUCUGGCUUCGAGCCUGGACAGCCUGGGAGGACAGCGGCUGGCGGAUCGCGGGUGAGGCGGUGUGGACAGGGCUCUCUGGGAUUCUGCAGGACCAGCCCUGGUGGCCUGUGGCGGCCGGAGAGUCUUUGGGGGUUGGGACCCCAGCCUGGUGCCUGCCUCCACCCUCCGCAGUGGAUGGUCCAGCAGCUUUUGAAGCUGAAGAAUUAGCUGGAAGGCUAGCCCACCACAUCACCUUGCUGUGUGACCUUGGGCAGGUGGCUCCCUCUCUCUGAGCCUCCAUUUGUGCUCCAGCUCAGCAUCCGCCAUGGCUGAUGGUCAGAUGCCCUUCUCCUGCCACUACCCAAGCCGCCUGCGCCGGGACCCCUUCCGAGACUCGCCCCUCUCCUCGCGCCUGCUGGACGAUGGCUUUGGCAUGGACCCCUUCCCCGACGACUUGACUGCCCCCUGGCCCGACUGGGCGCUGCCUCGACUCUCCUCGGCCUGGCCAGGAUCCCUGAGGCCGGGCACGGUGCCGCGGGUGCCGACUGCCACAGGCAGGUUUGGGGUACCCGCGGAUGGCAGGAGCCCCCCACCCUUCCCUGGAGAGCCCUGGAAAGUGUGUGUCAACGUGCACAGCUUCAAGCCAGAGGAGCUGAUGGUAAAGACCAAGGACAGAUACGUGGAGGUGUCUGGCAAUCACGAAGAGAAGCAGCAUGAGGGGGGCAUUGUGUCCAAGAACUUCACCAAGAAAAUCCAGCUUCCUGCAGAGGUGGACCCCACCACGGUGUUCGCCUCGCUCUCCCCGGAGGGCCUGCUGAUCAUCGAGGCUCCCCAGGUGCCCCCGUACUCGCCAUCGGGAGAGAGCGGCUUCAGCAACCAGCUUCCUCAAGACGGCCAGGAGGUCACCUGCACUUGAGACCCCAGUCUUGGCCCAUCCUUGUCACCCCCACCCCACCCCCAGGGCUUCUCUGAUUCCAGGGUACAUUAGUCAUCACUUCAGCUGAACUCAUAGAUUUAGUGCAACUAAAAUGAUGGGGGUCAGGGUCAUUUGACCAGUCCCUAGAUAGUGUAGUACUAGGUGUUCGCAUCAGGGGGCGCAAUUGGCAAGUCAUGCUGGGUGGCGUUAGGC